UCUCUCUCUCUCCGUGUGUGUGUAAUUGUUCUGCUGUGACUCCGCCCACUCAGCCACAGUUUGGUUGUUAGUUCUGGGAGAAGUUCCUCGGCUCCUCGGUGUGGAGUUUGAAGCUCAGUGUGAUAUCUGCGAGCUCCAUGUGGAUGUCGUUGGUCGUGUUGUGUAUUCUGGCCUGAGUGUGUGUUGUGUUGUUGUUGUUGUUGUUGUGUUGUUGUUGUUGUUGUGUUGUUGUUGUGCGCGCGCACCAUGGCAGCGGUGAAAGCUCUUCAGCAGUGGUGUAAAGUUCAGUGUGAGGGUUACAGAGACGUGUCCAUUACCAACAUGACCACGUCGUUCAGAGACGGACUGGCUUUCUGCGCCCUCAUCCACAAACACAGACCGGAUUUAAUAGACUUCGACUCCUUGAACAAAGAAAAUGUAUUUGAGAACAACCACCUGGCCUUCAGAGUCGCAGAGGAUCAGCUGAGCAUUCCUGCUCUGUUGGAUGCAGAAGACAUGGUGGCACUGAAAGUUCCAGAUCGUCUCAGCAUCCUCACCUACGUCUCUCAGUAUUACAACUUCUUCCAUGGCCGCUCUCCCAUCGGGGGUUUGGCAGGAGUGAAGCGUCCAGCAGAGGAACCCAUCGACGGUUCAUCAGGGAGGAAGAACCCAGCGGUCACCGCUAAAGCCUACAGCUCUUCUAAACCUGACCCUGACACCAAGAGAGACGUCGUAGUAGAACGUCCUGAAAAAGCCGGCACCAUCAACCGGAACUGCAGCAUCUGUAAUAAUCACGUCCACCUUGUUCAGAGACACCUCGUGGACGGAAAGCUCUACCACCGAAACUGCUUCAAAUGCAGCGAGUGCUUCAAUAUUCUCCUCUCUGGAACGUACAAGUCUGGAAAAGAGCCAAACACCUUUAUCUGCAAGUCACACCAAAACACACACAAGCCUCCGCCCACUCAGGUCGCACCACCUGCACGCUACAGUCAAACUACACCUACCACCACCACCACCACCACCACCAUCACCUCCAAGGCAGCAGCGAGCCCAAAGAACAUCACACUCAAGAGUCUGGAAAAAGAUUCCACCCAAAAUAAACCACAACCAUUUUGGGUUCUGAGUAAGAAUGGAAGCUCUUCUGCCCCUGCAGCUGCCCCUACAGCUGCCCGUACAACUGCCCCUACUGCUGUACCUACAGCUGCCCGUACAACUGCACCUACAGCUACACCUACAGCUGUACCUACAGCUGCCCCUACAGCUGCCCGUACAACUGCACCUACAGCUACACCUACAGCUGCCCGUACAGCUGCACGUACAGCUGCCCCUACAGCUGCACCUGCAGCUGCACCUGCAUCUGCACCUACAGCUGCCCCUCGCUAUAAAUUCACAUCGUCACGUCCGGCUGAACAGAAGCUUCCCUCAGAGACCCCCAAAGAGCCGAGCAGCUCGGUGCUGAGGAACCUGGAGGCCAGACAGAGGUUCUUUGAGCCCAUCAGCAGCCCUGUGUCGGUCUCUAAAGACGGUCCAGGAGCAGGAGGUGCAGGAGCUGCCGGAGGUGCAGGUAAAGUCAAGCAGCAGCUGCGAGCAGAAGACUGGACAAAAGACAAGAAAAAAGAAAAGGAUGACGGUGAUAAGGAGAAAGUGAAGUCUGUCAUUAGUAAAUUUGUGACUGAUGAAACCAGCAGAAGCAGCAGCUCACCUUCCUCAUACGCACUGAGAUCUAAUGCUAUGAGUAACAUGCCACGUGUUCCUGCUGCCAAACCACCAAACACCAGAGUGUUGCUCAAGGCACCGGCCAUGGACCUGGAACUCAGUACAAGCUCCAGUUUAGCUAAAACCUCCAACUGGCUGCAUUCCAGAGAGAAAUCUCCAGUGAGAGCAGCGACCACACAGCCAACUAACAGCAAGGAAACUGAUGCAGCUCCUUCAGACUGGAGGUCGUUACUCAAACCUGUGGCCAAGAACACAAAACCCAGAAGCUCCUCCACACCCACCAGCGAGUCCAAGACGUCUAACGCGGGGUCUCCACCAUGGGAGUCGCCCACGAACAUCUCCUCACCUUCAUCUACUGCUUCUCCUUCUACACACAGCAGCAGUAUGAAAUCUGACUCGACUCCCAGCGAGGAUGCUGAGGAGGGACUUCAAGACUAUAAUGUUGAUAGCAGCACGUCACUCUCACAGAAGCUGUUAAAGCCGGACUACAUCCCGAGGGAGGAGAUCCUGAGGGAGCUGAAGGAGAUCGAGAUGAAGCUGAAUGAUCUGGAGAAGAAAGGAGUGGAGUUGGAGAAGCAGCUGAGGCAGUGCGAGGAAGAGAACCAGGAGGACGUGUUGACGAAUGACUUGAUGGUGGACUGGUUUAAUCUGAUUCGAAGCAAACAGGUUUACAUCCGACGCGAGUCUGAGCUCGUCUACGUUGGAAGAUCUCAGGACCUGGAGGAGGAGCAGCCAAAUGUUGAGGCAGAACUUCGCAAACUGAUGGAAAAACCGGAACACCUGAAGACUUCAAAGGAUAAAAAGCGAGAAGAGGAACUGAUGGCCAAACUGGUAGAAAUAGUUAAUGACAGGAACGCUAUUGUGGACGGACUCGAUGAGGACAGACUGAGAGAGGAAGAGGAAGAUGAGCAGCUGAAUAAGAUGAUGCAGAAUCUUGACAUAAAGAAGGAAAAGAAGAAAAGAUCCUCCAUGUCCAGGCUGUUUGGCAGGAAGAGUAAGCAUGAGGAUGAGAGCUGAAGCUGAAGCUGCGUGUUGUGGUGGACGAGGACAUCGAUCAUGGACUGAUUUUAUCCAGGUGUUCACACGAUGUCAGGGUUUUUUAUUUGUCUGAGUUCUACAGAGGACUUUUAUACUCUAGUUGACUAGAGAUUUGACCACAGACCAGCUGUGUGUGUGUGCGUGUGUGUGUGUGUGUGUGUGUGUGUGUACAUACAAGGGAGCUGUUCAUUAGAGAAGAUCCAGAAUGUUGUGUUUGUGUAGAGACGUCAUGAUGUGUCCGAGUCCUGAGAUGAUCACGACACACUGCUGCUGCUGAACAUGAAGAAAAGUGUCCAGUGUGUCUGAGAGGAAAUGAGCUUGUGUACAGAGAUCAAUAUCAUCACUUAGGAAACGACCUGUGUGUGUGAGCUGUGUGUGUGUGAGAGAGCUCUGUCUGUGUGUGUGUGUGUGUGUGUGUGAGCUGUGUGUGAGAGAGAGAGGUGUGUGUGUGUGCGCUGUGUGUGUGUGUGUGUGUGUGUGUGUGUAUUUGUAUUUUCUGUACGGGGUUAAAACACAUUGAUCAGAGAUCCUGAUUCACUACAGUCGCCUGUUUUUGUGCAGAUUUGACCGAUUUUAUAGAUUUUACAGAUGUAAGCCAGCAGCUGAGGGUGUAGUGCCUCAGUGUGGCCUGCAGGGGGCAGUCGGGUUCUUACACUAAGCACCGGACCGGUACCGGUUUCAGACUGUAUGGAGAAUAUGAAGGUGUUAAUAUCUAAAGUAUUAAUAUUUAUCUUUAUAUCUUUACAACCGCGGAAUUCCGCUGGAACGCCGAAUUCACGUGACGUUGAGUUUUAUUCGGAUUAAAGGAGAAAUCAUGACGUGUAAAAUAAAAUGAAAGGAAAAUAAAGUUUUUCACAAAAUUCUCA